CAAUAGGAAAAUUGUCUUUUCGUUUUUCUUUCUUUCUUUCUUCCUCUACUUUUCUCGACCUUUUAUCGCACACAACUGUAAUGCCAAAUUGAGCUACCAAUUGGGAAGUGCUGCUGCUAGUGCUACACAAUGGUCUGCAACAAACAUUUCUGAAUUCUGCGUAGUUCAUCCUUUUCCUGUAAAAGUCGGAAUUUCUUUCGAGGGUUCUCAAGAUUCUUUCCGCAAAGUGAGUGAUUGAGUGAGUGAGUGAUGAUUGCCAGCUCAUUCAUUCUCCUGGGUUGGAACUUAUUACGAGUGGAGGGUUUAUUUCUUUGGCGGUUCCAUUUCAUGGAUUUGGCUGAUCUCUAGCUUUGGAUCUUCAUUCAUUCUUCCACUACCCACCCAACACCAACAAGCAGCAGCAAAGCAGAGUCCUGGGUUAAGUAUUCAAACUUCAACGGUGGCCAGAGAUUUGGGAAAACAAAAAAAUCAGAAAGCAUUGUACUGAAACUUGUGGGUUUUUAUAAUUUUCUGUAAUCAAGUUUGGAACUUGGGAACCUCUCCAAGUGGGCUUAACAUGUCUUAGUUGAGAGAGAGAGAGAGAGAGAGUGAUAUGAAUCUUUGAAUAAUAAAGUGGAGUAAAGAAGAAAAACAAAGGCAGCAGAGAUUGCAGAGGGGGAAGAAAGAUAGAAAUAUUAGCAGCAGUGAGUGCUAGAGUGUGUGUGUGAGAGAGAAAAGGGAGUCAGAUUGAUGCUUGUAUGUGAGUGGGAGUUGUCUUCCAGAGUCUUGUGAAUGAAUUAGCUGAAUAGUUUAGUUAAGAGAGCCUUGUUGGCCAUGUCCCCUUCUUCUGAUUCACUGCCUCCGGGCUCCGUGGGCUUUGCCGUCGAUUUAGGUAACACCCAUUCCUCCAUAUAAUCUCUCUCAUCUUCCUUCCUCUGUAAGAGAUCCUUCAUAUUUUCCUCUUUAAAAACAAACAGUUUGAUCUGAAAUCUUCCUCUAGUAUCUCUCAGUCCAAGUUAUCCCCUUCCACACAAAAAACUUCAGUCCUUCCCCUCUCUUUCAUAGUCAGACUUGUUUCGCCUUGCCUCGAUUUGCUGUCAAGAUUUGGUGGUAAUGCUCCAUUUCCUACUGCAGAAAAGAGGAUCCCCUUCUUAAUUACCACAUCUUUAUUAUUCAAUCUCCCUCUCUCUCAUUGAGGCUUUAGAAGAACACCCAGCAAAACCUUCUUCUUCUUCUUUCUUCUUCUUCUUUCUGAUUCAGCAAUCUGGUCCCCACUCCCUGGGUUAUUGCUCCCAUUUCCACAAUACAGGCAACUUUUCUCCUCGAGACUUGAGGGGUUAUGUAUAUAUAUUUCACUGGGAAGGUGUGUGGUUUUUGGUGCUGGAGUUGUUUCUUGGUUGAAUAGUGAAAAAGGGGGAAGGUUUGUUUGCGUGGAAGUACAGUAAAGUUUGUGGCUUUCUCUCUUUGGCAAAGAUGAAGUUUAUGAAACUUGGUUCGAAACCUGAUUCCUUUCAGACAGAUGGCGACAAUAUCAGGUAUGUGGCUACUGAGUUGGCAACUGAUGUCACUGUUAUUGUAGGAGAUGUCAAAUUCUAUCUGCACAAGUUUCCCCUUAUGUCCAAAAGCGCUCGCUUGCAGAAGUACGCUGUCACAAGUAAUGGAGGAGAAAGCAGCGAUGAAGUUGACAUCUCUGGUAUCCCCGGUGGGCCAGCAGCAUUCGAGGUCUGCGCCAAAUUCUGUUAUGGAAUGACUGUAACCCUCAACGCCUACAAUGUCGUAGCUGCACGUUGCGCCGCUGACUUCCUUGGAAUGCACGAAUCCGUCGAGAAAGGAAACUUGAUCUACAAAAUCGAUGUGUUCCUUAGCUCCAGUAUCUUCCGCAGCUGGAAGGAUUCCAUCAUCGUCCUUCGAACCACCACCUCGCUACUGCCGCUGUCCGAGGACCUGAAAGUUGUUAGCCACUGCAUAGAAGCUAUAGCCACUCGAGCCUGCGUGGAUCCGUCGAGAGUCGAUUGGUCGUACAGUUACAACAGGAAGAAACUCCCUGAAGAAAAUGGAGACACUGGAAUAGGAACAACGACAAAUGAGAUUAUCAUGAGAAACCGUUCAGUGCCGAGGGAUUGGUGGGUCGAGGAUCUGUGCGAGCUUGGGAUUGAGCUUUACAAGCGUGUGAUCACCACCAUAACAAGCAAAGGGAUCCUUCAUCACGAGGUGAUUGGUGAAGCUUUGAAAGCUUACGCUUACAGAAGGCUGCCAGGUGUACUCGGCAGCAGCAGCAGCAGCAACAAGGGUGGUGUUGUCCAGAGUGAAGAAAUGGUGAAGUAUCGGUCGAUGGUUGAUGCCAUCGUGUGGCUUUUGCCUGCAGAGAGAGGCAGCGUCUCGGGUAGCUUUCUUCUGAAGCUGUUGAAAGCAGCCAGUUAUGUUGGCUCAGGUGAUCAGACUCAGGAACAGCUGGUGAGAAGAAUAGGACAGCAGCUGGAGUCGGCUUCUGUGAAUGACCUCCUCAUACGACGAGCUAAUGGUGGUGGCGAAAGAGAUGAUGACAGCAUGACGACUUAUGAUGUCGACGUGGUUCAGAAGAUGUUACGAGAGUUUGUAACGCAAGAUCAGAUUGCUGAAGUUGAAGAGAUCCAACAAGGAGCAGCUGCUGGGAUUUUGUCAGAUGCUUCCAAGCUCAUGGUAGCCAAAUUGAUUGACGGGUAUCUUGCUGAGAUUGGAAAGGAUCCCAACUUACCAGUGUUGAAGUUUGUGGAGAUUGCCGAGAUGGUAUCUGGUGUGUCUAGGCCUGUACAUGAUGCUCUAUACCGUGCCAUCGACACCUAUCUUAAGGAGCAUCCAGGUAUCAGCAAGAGCGAGAGGAAGAAGAUAUGCAAGUUGAUGGACUGCAAGAAGCUAUCUGUUGAUGCAUGCAUGCACGCAGUGCAGAACGAGAGGCUUCCAUUGAGGGUUGUAGUACAAGUACUAUUCUUCGAGCAGGUGAGGGUAUCUGCGACAUCAGGGUGUAGCACCCCUGACCUGCCGAAGAGCAUCAGGGACCUAAACAACGGGUCGCAAAGGAGCUCGAGAUCAGCUGUGACAAACCCGGAUGAGGAUUGGGAUGCAUUGGCAACCGCGGAAGAGCUAAAGGCCCUGAAAGCUGAGGUGGCUGCAUUGAGACUGCGACGGAUUGGGAGCAGCAGCAGUAACAAUAUGGAUCGAGGGGGUGGUAGCUACAGAAUGAAAGGGUUGCUGAAAUCGAAGAAAGUGUUUGCAAAGCUGUGGUCAAGCAAAGGAGAGAAAGGGGAGAACAGUGGAUCAGACUCGUCAGGAUCUCUUGGAUCUACAACUAAUGGCACUGAAGAAGCAAAAUCUACACCUUCAAGGAACAGAAGGAAAUCAGUAUCUUGAAAGUAGUAGAGAUUUUAACAUAGGGGGGGAAAAGGGUUGUCCUUUUUGCUACAUUGGCUCCAUCAGUAAUUUGGUUGGUUUUAUUUUGUGGGGUUUCCUGUGAACACUGAAUUUUAACGACUGUUAACACGUUAAAAGGGAUGGCAGUUUAUGGUCUUAAGGAGGCGAGUACAGCUGAUGCAUAGCAUAGAGCUCGAAUGAAGAAUAGUGUGUACUAAUCUAGUCCUGUAUCAACUUCUGUGGAAAAAGGUUUUGGAAACUUUGAGGGUGGAGGGUAAAUCUUACCACCAACUUUGAACUCCAAUCCCCUGUUUGUCUUCUUAACCCGAAAACAGGAACAUUCAAGUUUCCAUCAAAAUCUCAAUUCUCAAUGCAAUGCUUCUUUACAG